CAAAUUCGGUGAAGAAACAUAAUGGAUAUAUUCAACGAGAAAUAGAUAUAGAUAGAAGUAAUACACCAAAAAAUAUACUUGUUGGAUCUGUAGUUGGCGGAGGAAGUCAUCUCAAUCCAAUGUUGGAAAUUUGCAAGAUUUUAGUGGAUCGUGGAUAUAAU